AUGAAUGCUAAGAUCAUCCUCAUUUCUGCGUUGGCAGUCAUCGCCAGAGCUGCAGUAGCUCCACUGGUCCCAGCCAGAAUCGCCAGAGUAUCCGAAGAAUCCGACGACACAGCACCCCAAUACUCCUUCGCCUACGAUGUUCAAGACGCUCUCACCGGUGACUCCAAAUCCCACUUGGAGAGCAGAUCCGGUGACGUAGUCAGAGGCCAGUACAGUCUGAACGAGCCCGAUGGUACCAGACGCAUCGUCGACUACACUGCCGAUCCAGUAAAUGGCUUCAAUGCCGUCGUAAGAACAGCCCCAUUGGUAGCAGUUCCUGUUCAACCCGCGGUGGCCGUUCAACCAGCAGUACCCGUUCAACCAGCAGUGGCUGCUGAACCAGUAGAUGACGACACAGUCGAGACGCUGUCUGCGAGAGUUAUUGCAGCGCCGUUGGUUGCUGGAGCGAGGACAGCUGUUGCAAAUGCUGCUGUGGUUGAAGCAGUUGCACCAGUUCCGUCAGCGCCAGUUGGGGCUGUUCCUGUAGCACCUGUUGCUCAAGUAGCUAGAGUGUCAGCUCCGUUGAUCAACGCACCAUACUGGACAGCACCUGUUUUCCCAGGAAGCAGAUCUGAUGACAUAAUCAGAGGCCAGUACUGUCUCAUUACGUCGGUAAAUGGCUUCAAUGCCGUCGUGAGAGUAGCUUCAUUAGUAGCAGUUCCUGCCCAACCCGCGGUGGCCGUUGAACCAGCAGUACCCUUUCAACCAGCAGUGGCUGCCAAACCAGUAGAUGAAGACACAGUCGAAACGCUGUCAGCAAGAGUUAUUGCAGCACCUUUAGUUGCUGGAGCGAGGACAGCUGUUGCAAAUGCUGCUGUGGUUGAAGCAGUUGCACCACUUCCUUUAGUGCCAGUUGAGGCCGUUCCUGUAGCACCUGUUGCUCAAGUAGCUAGAGUGUCAGCUCCGCUGAUCAACGCACCAUACUGGACAGCACCUGUUUUCCCAGGAGUGAAUGCACCAUUUGCUUACAGUACAUUCACUUAA